AUGAGGGAAGGAGUUGCGGCUAAAAUCGGAGGUGCGGAGUCGACUUCUGUGUCUCAACCGUCCAACCAAAUUACCAAUCCCACAGACUGCACCCAUUCGGCAAUUUACCAACAGUGUCAGCAUAUCCGCCAGCCGUUGCGACAAGAAAACAGAGGCGGGAGCGGACCAUCUAUAGCAAGAAACAAUGCGGGAAGCGUAAGGCGAUCCCCGCCUACCACACCGGGAAUCGCUGUGUACAACCACGCUCCGAAUGUCGUUCCAACGAACUAUCACCAUGAGGCAGUGAGGAACAAGCCGAAGAAAAUGCGACGCUCUUCCGCAUCAUCAGCGACAUCAUCUUUGUCGCAACAAUCGACUUUUGUGUCUCAACCGUCCACUUCCGCUUCUUUGCCACAACCGCAACAAGAAGGCUCGAUAGUAGCCUCGACUGCUAUACUAUCGAAAAAACUUUCACCGCCGUCAAGCCAAAUUACCAUUCCCUCAGACUGCACCCGUUCGGGAAUUUACCAGCAGUGUCAGCAUAUCCGCCAGCCCUUGCGACAAAGAAAACAGUGGCGGGAGCGGACCACUUAUAGCAAGAAACAACUACAAGUUUUGAAAAUUUUGUUCGAAAAGGCCAGGUACCCCGAUAUAUUUAUGAGCGAAGAAGGUGCCGCUAAAAUCGGAGUUGCGGAGUCGAGAGUUCAGACCAGGUACCCCGAUAUUUUUAUGAGGGAAGAAGUUGCCGCUAAAAUCGGAGUUGCGGAGUCGAGAGUUCCGGUAUGGUUUAAGAACCGACGAGCCAAAGCCCGUACGCAACAGCAGCAACACGAGGCAGAGAGGAAUAAGCCGAAGAAAAUGCGACGCCCUUCCGCAUCAUCAGCGACAUCAUCUUUGUCGCAACCAUCGACUUCUGUGUCUCAACCGUCCAACCAAAUUACCAUUCCCUCAGACUGCACCCGUUCGGCAAUUUCCCAACAGUGUCAGCAUAUCCGCCAGCCGUUGCGACAAGAAAAUAGAGGCGGGAGCGGACUGCCUAUAGAAAGGAUCAACUACAAACUGCACCCGUUCGGCAAUUUACCCACAGUGUCAGCAUAUCCGCCAGCCGUUGCGACAAGAAAACAGAGGCGGGACUGGACCACCUAUAGCAAGGAACAACUACAAGUUUUGGAAAUUUUGUUCGAAAAGACCAGGUACCCCGAUAUUUUUAUGAGGGAAGAAGUUGCCGCUAAAAUCGGAGUUGCGGAGUCGAGAGUUCAGGUUUGGUUUAAGAACCGACGAGCCAAAGCCCGUACGCAACAGCAGCAACACGAGGCAGAGAGGAGCGAAUGUCGUUCCAACGAAUUAUCCCUAUGCGCACAGUCCGACGCUACCAAACCGACUUAA